AUGCAUGAAGCUUUAAAUGGCAUCGUUGUUUUAUUCCCCCUCAUAGUGAAAUGUGUUUAUAUCUUCUGUAGGAACCACUUCUCCUCCUUUCUUAUCAGGAAUCUGAUGCCUCGGACGCUGGAUGGCCAGAUCACCAUGGAGAAAACCCCCAGCUACUUUGUCACCAAGGAGGCUCCGAGUCGUAUCUGCAGUAUGAACUGCCAGAUGAAGCUCAUUGUGGUGGUCAGGGAUCCUGUGACGCGAGCUGUCUCUGACUACACACAGACCCUAUCCAAAAACCCAGCUCUUCCAUCUUUCCAGAACCUGGCCCUGAAAAACUCCUCCACAGGACAUGACACCACGUGGAGUGCCGUGCGCAUCGGCCUAUACGCCAAACAUCUGGAGAUGCUUCAGCACUUCCCCUUGUCUCACUUUCUGUUUGUGAGCGGUGAGCGGCUGGUGUCUGACCCGGCUGGAGAAAUGGGUCAUGUUCAGGACUUUUUGGGUCUGAAAAGGGUUGUUUCAGACAAACACUUCUACUUCAACCAGACAAAAGGUUUCCCCUGCUUGAAGAAGCCCGAGGGGAGCAGUCGACCUCGCUGUCUGGGAAAGUCGAAGGGUAGAUCGCAUCCUCAGAUCCCUUCUGAAGUCCUCCAGAGACUCAAAGACUUUUACAGGCCCUUCAACCAUCGUUUUUACGAAAUCAGUGGACAGGAUUUUGGCUGGGACUAAUAG